UCUUUAAAAGAUGAAUUCUAACCAAUAGACUAGAACAUAUCUCUUAUAAUCAACGGUUGAGAUACAUUCCUAAGUUUUAGGUUCUUGUUUUAUCUUCUUAAACUUCACUCUUUUUCUUCUCCAAUUAACCUGCUCUCACACUCUCUUUCUCUCUCUCACACACAAAGCCUUCUUCAUCAAUCUUCUUCUUCUCCUUCAAUCUAGCUUAAUCCAGUAACAAAGAAGACGAAGAUGAUGUUAGGGAAAAGACCUCGUCCUCCAAUGAAAAGAACAACAAGCAUGUCCGAAAUAACCUUCGAUCUGAACACAAUAACACCAGAAGACGAUCCCAACAACAACAACAACAACAACAACCUCUUCAGUCCUCACGGACCUGGCGUUGGUCCGUUCGGUCCAUAUCCAUAUCCACCAACUUCUCCGGGAACCAACGGUUCAGAUCAGAGCAAGCUUUUAGCCACAGUUUCACCUAGAAACCAUAGAAGAAACUCAUCUGAUAUGAAUCACACACCUGAUUUCUUACGCUCUUGCUUUCUCUGUAAACGCCGUUUGGUUCCCGGCCGUGACAUCUACAUGUACAAAGGAGAUAGUGCUUUCUGCAGUUUAGAGUGUCGACAACAGCAGAUGAAUCAAGAUGAGAAGAAAGAUAAGUGUGGUGUGGCAUCAAAGAAGCAAGUUGUUGUUGCGGCGGGUUCUAAAGUUACUGCAAAAAGUGAAAAAACCGCGGUUGCCACAAGUUUGUAGCAUAACAUCCAAACAAGGAUUAAUUGAUGGCAUGCAAUUUUAAUUAUCCAUGUGUUCUUGGGGUUUCAUAUCAGUAAAUUAUUAUUUAAAUAUGUUAAUGUUUAUAUAUUUAUAAAUACCUAGCUCCUUUAUUUUUGUUAUGAAUUUUGUUCCUUUUUGUUCUGGCUUUGUAAUUUUCAUCUUGGCUUGAGUGGUUAUGUCCACUUCUUUGCUUGUUAAUAGGCCAGUAAUUUUGAAGCAACAAGUGUACUAUUUCCAGCUUAACCACUGAUUUUUCUGAGUUCGAACUCAGUCUUAAACA